AAUCUGAUAUGUGUAGAUGCACAAUAAUUUCGAAUAUCAGUUGGUUUUUGCACAGAUUACUGAACAGUUGGUUAUACAGAAACGAUCCUAUGCGGGUUAAUCCAUUCAUCUGUUUGCUCUUCGGAGUAUGGAUAGCAUUCAACUUUGGCUUAAAUGAUGCCGUCAUCUUCAAGUUUACGAAUUUCGUCUGCAAAAGCUACAAUAAUUCCUGGUUUGUGUUCCACAACUGUCGUCUAAAGGCCGUCAGUCGGAACAAAGUUAUCUGCAAUAUGAAUGGGACGGUGCUACAUCCUGCUACCGAUGUAACUGUUCAUAUGCAGGUGCUCAAAAGGGCAAAUGGAUACAAGCCCUUUUUAUUCGACAUUCGCUUUGAUGCCUGUCGGUUUUUGCGAAAGCGAUCUCCACCCAUUGCCAAUUUGGUCUAUGGGCUAUUUAAAGAGUUUACAAACAUAAACCACACGUGCCCCUUCGUAGGUCCACAAAUUGUCAAGGAUUUCUAUCUGAAGCCUGAGCUGUUGCGUCUGCCCUUUCCGACGGGGAAUUACAUGAUAUCGUUUCGGUGGCAUUUCGAUAAGAAGCUCCAAUUCGAUACAAAUGUGAGUUUUGUGUUCGAAGAGGAUCUAAUAAACAGAAGUUAA